AUAUAGAAUCCUUCUGGAAUUGCUUUCAUAAAACAGACCAGACUACCCAGCCUAGCUCUGCGUGUGCACGAACCUCUAAAAACCUAAUAAAAGUUCCCUCUUUGCUUACACACCAAGUCAUCCGUACACUGCCUUUGCACUUUUUCGGCGACCAAAUCAAAUCCACACCCUCUCAAGUCUGCUCUCAUCUCCUCUAAUUCCCGGCCAUCCGCGCGAACAAGACUUACAUUUGAUAUAGCAUGGCGGGUCAGUACUCUAGUGAAGGUUCCAGUACUGGAAAUGUUUCUGGGGAAAGCUCAGAUUCGACUGUUCAGCUCAAUAUCAAGACUCUUGAUUCCCAUAUUUACAGUUUUCAAGUGGAUAAAAAUAUGCCUGUUUCAUCAUUUAAGGAGAAAAUAGCCAAUGAAAUUGGCAUCCCAGUUGGUCAGCAACGGCUGAUUUUCAGGGGAAGGGUCUUAAAGGAUGAUCAUCUCCUCUCUGAGUAUCAUGUGGAAAAUGGGCAUACAUUGCAUUUGGUAGAAAGGCAGCCAGCGCAGUCACAACCUUCAUCUGGUACAGGUUCUGGAGAGACUACUGGGAAUAAUGGAAAUAGAGCAGGAAGUGAUGCCAGUACUGGCAAUCCUCGUAAUCGUGUUGGGCAAAUUUCACACAGUGUUGUUCUUGGGACCUUUAAUGUAGGGGAUCAAGGUGAAGGCAUGGUUCCCGACCUUUCCCGGGUUAUAGGUGCUGUUUUAAAUUCUAUAGGACUUGGUGGCCAGACUACAGCUGUUGGAACUGGUGGCACACAGUACUCUACUUUGGCUCCCCAAGGAAACGAAGCAGAAGGGACGCAAGGUAAUGUUGGAGGUCAGCCCCAGGUAGGAAAUCAAGCACAGUCUGGGCAGGCAUUUCCUAGUCAACCAUUCCCAUCUUUACCUCAAGUUGUGCAAAUCCCUGUGGCUGCAGCAGCUGUACCUGUUCCUUCCCUUCAUGUGCCUAUUCCUGAUUCUUUGAGCACUCUUUCCGAGUUUAUGAAUCGCAUGGAGCAUACACUCUCACAAAAUGGUUAUCAGCCAUCUUCAACCAACACUGGUAAUCUACCGAGGGUGGAAUUACCUACCAAUGCACAAGGGUUGCGUACACCUGAAUCAUUGAGCAUUGUCCUGCGUCAUGCGGAACGGCUUCUCAGUGGUCAUGCUGUUGCUGCACUAUCUCAUAUUGCAGGGCGCUUGGAGCAAGAGGGAUCUUCUUCUGAUCCCGCCAUAAGGGGCCAAAUACAGACAGAAUCAAUGCAAUUAGGGCUCGCAAUGCAACAUUUAGGUGCUCUUCUUCUUGAGCUUGGUCGCACAAUUUUGACUCUGCGAAUGGGACAGUCUCCUGCAGAAUAUGUUUUAAAUGCUGGACCUGCAGUUUAUAUAUCUCCAUCAGGACCGAAUCCUAUAAUGGUUCAGCCUUUUCCUCUUCAAACCAGCUCCCUCUUUGGUGGUGCUGUUCCUCAAUCAAAUCCUGUGACUUUUGGUCCUGUUGGUAUUGGGAAUGCUCCAAGGCACAUAAACAUUCAUAUACAUGCUGGUACUUCGCUCGCGCCAAUUGUUUCAGCAGUUGGUGCAAGGGCAAGUAAUGUGCAAGGAAUGCAGGGAGAACAUCGUAGUGCUGCUGGUUCUGGUGAUUCAGGUGCAACAAGGGUGCCACCUUUGAGAAAUGUAAUUGCGGCAGGACAUAGUGGCGUUGCAAGUUCCGGUGUAGCACAACCUGGUCUAGGUGUUUCUGUUUCACAGCAGGCUGCUGACCAUCAACUAUCCUCUGCUUUAUCUGAACUCCAGUCACAGUUUAGAAUUUUGGUUGGUAAUAUGCACGGAGAGGGCAUGGUUUCAUCCGGUCAAGCAGAGUCAAGGGUUCAAAAUUCAUCUGUCGAAUCUGGUGCACGUAGUGAUGUAGGGAUUGAACAGCCAAAUACCAUGACAGUCAACUCAGUCAGUAGAGUUGGGGAAUCAGGUGCAUCCGUACCUGGGUGCACACCUGGAAGUGAAGGUCAGAAGCACCAGCUUGGAGCUGACCAAGUAAGUAAUAAUGAUGCUUCAAGUGGCUUGAAAGAUGUUUCUGACUCCUCUGGAAGUUCCCUGAGUUGUUUAAGUGGAGGAACUGCAGCAAAGUCAGAAUAUGUACCGGAAAAUGCUCUGAGAUCUGAUCAGAAGCAUGAUACAACUGAGGGUGCCAAAGCUAUUCCAGUUGGAUUAGGGCUGGGAGGUUUGGAACGUAAGAGACGAGGCAUGCAACAAAGAAAGGUGACUGGUGGUGAUAGUGGUACAACCAGUUCUUCUGUUGAUCAAAAUCAGCAGAUUAGGACAAGUGGCCAACAUAUUUUGCAAUCUCUAGCAUCUCAUAGCUCUGCUGUAAGUAGUAUGAAUGCAAAUGAGCAGUCGCAGGGACAACUACCCUCUGCAGUUGGGCAGGUCAUGGACAGUAGACCUCUGGGAGGGCAAGGUUCUGAUGGCCAGAUUGAUAUGGCAAAUAUAAUGUCCCAGGUUCUGCAAAGUCCUGCUUUAAAUGGUUUGGUGACAGGUGUUUCAGAGCAAACUGGGGUUGUCUCUCCUGAUUUAUUUAGGAAUAUGUUGCAACAGUUUUCUCAGAGCCCACAGAUGAGGAAUACGGUCAAUCAAAUUGUUCAACAGGUCGACACCCAAGAUCUAGGAAACAUGUUUUCAGGGCUCGGAAGAGGCCAAGGCGGUGGCCUUGAUUUGCCUAGGAUGUUCCAACAGAUGAUGCCCAUUGUAUCCCAAGCCCUCAGCGGUAGGUCAACCCCCUCUCAACUUUUUUCUGCUGUUGAAGCUGAACCGCAGUCACGGUAUAAUGAGAGGCUGAGCAGUGAUGACAAACAAAAUGAACAAAACUUCCAGAUCGACCUUCAACAGGUGGCCCAGAGGAUUGAGAAUCUGAAUCCACCAGGAGAUGUUUUCCGCUCUGUAGUUGAAAAUGCAGUUCAAUUAUCUGGUAGCGGAAGUGGUUCCAGAGAUCUUGUGGAUGAGUUGUGCAGCGAUGAAGGUCUUGCUAAUGAAUAUGCAGAGAUGUUACGACGGGACAUUUCUCAACGACUCCCGGGUGACUCUGGGCCGGACAACCGCUAACCAAAGCCCCCCCCCCCCCCCCAAAAAAAAAAAUCCCAAGUGGGCAUUAUAGAAUGGUUAGGUUUGCUGGUAAUUGUUCACUUUUUCAGGGGUUUUUUCAGUUUGUUUUACAGUUACUCGGAAAUCCUUGUACAAUGUAGGUUUGCAAAACAUGAUGUGCUUUGAAAUUAUAGUUUAUCUGCUUGUUACAGACUUGCAUCUGGUUCGUAGUAUGUGUAUCAAUUAACUUUUGAGGACCAAAGAGAUAUGAUGCACGACUGUAACGGCGUUCCGUGUCUAAUAUCUCUAGCCUUUUUAUACACGUUGGUCUUGAAGAUUUUA